AUGGACAAUUCUAACUUGCCACUGAUCGGAAACGGUUUGCCCUACUGCGCUGUGACCGCCGAGAUUUACGUUCGUCGCAAACUCAUCAAAACCGCUAGACUCGCUCCAUCUCUCAAUGGGUGUAUUAACGAAGUGAUUGCUCAUAUGAGAAAUGUGGAGAAGAUUGAGGUUGCCGAUUUGGCGCUCUAUGUGAUUACCAGCAUUGAUUCGGCUGAAGUUGAAGUCACCUCUGCCGCAGAGUUCUUUCAUCGAUGCAUGAGUUCGUAUCAUUGUGGAAAUGGUCUUGUCAAAGUCUAUUUUAUGGAGAGACAAAAACAGCAACCGAAGACAUUGGAAGUUAUUCCAAUGGGCUGGACAAGGUACUUGUUUAUUUUCAUUAUAUAUUUGUCCUGGCAUCAUCACAUGUUUUGCCCACUUUCUUUCUCUCGCCUCCAUCUCUAAAUCUCUUCGUCUCCCAUAGUAUUUCCCCAGUUGUCUCCCCUUUUCCUAUGUUGCAAUAGCAUGGGUGCAGAAUAUUGAUUGGUCAGCCAGUCAGUCAGUCAGCUGAGCGACGAGAGAUGUUGUAGACUUAGAGAUGCAGAGUAUCCCUUACUUUUAGUUUAAUUAUUAUACUAUUUCAUAGGAGUAGUAAUCCUCUUUAUCGCCUAGGAAACCUGCUAGAUACAAUGUAGCCCAUACUAGUCAGAUUUGGGGACUAGGAAAGUUAUGACGUGGCAUAGUCAUCAUUCUGAUUUUUCGCCACGUCACAGUUAUGACUCAUGUUAGCUCACAUUUUCUUGAAUAUCGUGAUUUUUGAGUGCUGUAACGUUUACAAGCUUUGUUAAGCCAGAAAGUGUACGGUACUCAAAAAAUCAGAAGUGCCACGUCAUAACUUGUUCUUCUUGUUGAUAAAGUAUCACUUUUCACGGCCUCUUAUCGAGAGAGACACAGAGAAAAACACGAAAUUCACAAAUAAUUUGAUCUAUCGUUGCGAAACCAAACGCGGGAAACGUUUUUGAAUUUGAAAAAGUUUCCCGCGCUUGGUCUCGAAACGAGGAGUCGAACUGCAAAUGGAUUUGGUGUUUUUUUCUCUGCGUCUCUCUCAACCUGCAAUUCUUCCUAUUUUUGAAAGGCCAAACUUGUGUCGAAGUGAAAAAAAAAACUAUUGUUCGUCAGUCGCGUGCGGCUGUGCGUCGCGGUUUUUCCUUUAGUGUCCCAACCGCGACGCACAGCCGCACGCACCUGACGAAGUAAUGCUUUUUCAUUCAUUCAAUUCUGCACUGGUUUUUGUUUGUUAUGGCGGCCAGAUUUUUCAACUUUGACAAUACUAAAAAAAUCAAAAGUGCCACGUCAUAACUUGUUUUUCCUGUUGAUAUUGUCGAAGUUGAAAACAUUAGUUCGUCAGUCGCGUGCGGCUCUGCGUCGCGGUCGGGGGAAACAAUCAAUAAUUCACUCUGUCGUUCCCCCGACCGCGACGCACAGCCGCGCGCGACUGACGAACCAAUGUUUUAUUGAUUUUUAGCAGCCUCUAGAACCUCGUUCAUUAUUUCGCAAUAUUCUUUCUUUCUUCUCAAAAAAAAUUAAAAAAUCAUCAAUUUUUCCAGCCAAAGACAAAGCGAAGAUCAAAAAAUGGAACAACUCCAAGAAGCCACCAUCGAAGAAACCAAAAAAGCGCUUCAAAUUCUCUCGAAACAAACCAUCACCAACAUUCGAAAACAAUCGGAAGUCAUCAGGCAAUCGCUUGCUGACGCGAAAGAAGAUUACGAAUUUGUGAUUCGUGGAUAUCAACAACAACUUGAGGAAUAUCAACAGAAAUUGAGCAAAUCUACUGUUGCUCUUAAGGCAAACCCUGUUGGUGGGCUCAAAAAAGGCUAUGCUCAUUCGGCGACUUGUGAUGAAUGUGAUGAUUCCAUCACAGGACGUCGCUUCAAAUGUCUGGUCUGCCCGGAUUAUGAUUUGUGUUCAAAAUGUGAGGCGGAAGGUUUACAUUCACAUCAUGCUUUGCUUCGAACAACUCAUCCACGUGAAACUAUUGUUCCAAUUUAUGUUCGCGAAGGAAUGGCGAAGAUUCGCAAGGAACUUCGAUGCCCUCGCGUCCCAUCCCCAGAUUUUACUCGAUCUUCUUCCCGAAAAAUCAAACAUUCCACUAUUCCACGUGUUGAUCAAUUGAAAACCCCGAAACUCUUUGCGCCUAAUGAAAUGUUGGCGAAAUUGCAAUUGGCAGAGAAAGCUUUGGAAAAUUAUCGUGUGCAGAAGUUGGAAGAGCAAAAGCAAAAGAGUUUUGAGCAACAAUUGGUGACGUUGAAAGAAACUUGUUUGAGAAGUUUGAAGGCUCCGUUGGUAGAGGUGAAAACGUGAGUUAAGCAUUCAAAAAAAAAAUUCAAAAAAAAACCUGAUAAUUUCAGCGCUGCUAAUCCGAUCAAUGAUAUCAACAUGGCUGCACUUACAAAAGCUGUUGAGCAAAUUUCGGUAGAUCAUAAAAUUCUUCAUGACGCACUUGUUGUCAAAAAGGCCGAUGUUCCGAAGAAAAUUGAAGUUGAGGAUGGAGAUGAAUCCGACUCGUCUAGUAUUAUUAGCUUGGAGUGAGUUUUUGUUUAGAAGAUCUAGGAGAUCUAGAAGAUCUUUGAAGAUCUAGAAGAUCUAGAAGUUGUGAGUUCAGCUAACUUUUUUUUACUCAAGACUUCAAAACUUGGUGAAAUUUUGUCCAUAGACAGCUUUUGACCCAAAAAAUUUUAGGACCUCUGAGAAUGAAAUGUUGGCGAAAGUGCAAUUGGCUGAAAAGGCUUUGGAAAAUUAUCGUGUUGCGAAGUUGGAAGAGCAAAAGCAAAAGAGUUUUGAGCAACAAUUGGUCACGUUGAAAGAAACUUGUUUGAGAAGUUUGAAGGCUCCGCUGGUAGAGGUGAAAACGUGAGUUAAGCAUUCAAAAAAAAUUCAAAAAAAAAACUGAUAAUUUCAGCGCUGCCAAUCCAAUCAAUGAUAUCAACAUGGCUUCACUUACAAAAGCUGUUGAACAAAUUUCGGUAGAUCAUAAAAUUCUUCAUGACGCACUUGUCAAAAAGGCCGAAGUUCCGAAGAAAAUUGAAGUUGAGGAUGGAGAUGAAUCCGACUCGUCUAGUAUUAUUAGCUUGGAGUAAGUUUUUGGCUAGAAGAUCUAGAAGAUCUAGAAGGUCUAGAAGGUCUUCUAGAUCUAGAAGAUCUUGAAGAUUAUUGGAUCUUUGAAGAUCUAGUAGAUCUUUGAAGAUCUUUGAAGGUCUAGAAGAUCUUUGAAGAUCUAGAAGAUCUAGAAGAUCUUUGAAGAUCUAGGAGAUCUAGAAGAUCUUUGAAGAUCUAGAAGAUCUAGAAGAUCUAGAAGUUGUGAGUUCAGCUAACUUUUUUUUACUCAAGACUUCAAAACUUGGUGAAAUUUUGUCCAUAGACAGCUUUUGACCCUAAAAUUUGAGGACCUCUGAGCCAAGUUCUGAGCUCUAAAAAGUUCAAAAUUGCUCCAUUUCAAAAUAAUUUUUGUAAGAAAUAAAGCUUCAGAAUUUUUAAAUUUUAAACGAAAAAUAAAAAAACAAAAAAAUUUUUUGAAAUCGACUAUGCUGAAAAAUAUUUGAAGCUUUAUUUCUUUAAAAAACAAUUUUUUUUUUGAAAUGGAGCCAAUUUUGAAAAUUUUUGAACUUUUGAGAGCUCAGAACUUGGCUUCAACUAAAAUUUAACAAAUUAAUUUAAAAAACAAUAAUUUAAAUUAAAUUAAUUUAACAAAUUAAAAUUUACAAAUUGGCUUUAACUAAAAUUUAAAAUUUAAGGGUGACUAAAAUUUUCUAGGGUGUUCUUAUGACCCCAAAAGCUGUCUAUGGACAAAAUUUCAUCAAGAUUUGAAGUGUUGAGUAAAAAAGGGUUCCCUAGUUAGCUAGAAAUUCUGGAGAAUCUGGGAAUUAUCUAGAAAUUUCAGAGAAUCUGGAAAUUCUGAAGAAUCUGAAAAUCUAGAAAUUAUCUGGAAAUCUGGGAAUUCUGGAAAUUCUAGAGAAUCUGGAAAUUCUGGAGAAUCUGGAAAUUAUCUAGAAAUUAUCUAGAAAAUUCAAAAUGAUCAAAACAAUUUUUUCCAGCUCGAUCGAAGAUUUCGAAGACGAUGAAAUCGAAGAAUCCCGUCAAGUUCUACCCGAACCCAUCUCCACCGCCAUCGAACCAACCGACGAGGAAGAAGGCUUGCACACCGCAGUCGCACCAACCCCAGAACCAGCUCAAUUUCAAGAAGCAGAUGGCACCAAAACCGCACUUCCCCUUGGAGCUGAUGAAGAUGGUUGUAUGACUGCAGUUGCGCCAACUCCAGAACCAGUGGCUUUGGAGAAUCGCAUCGCCAAUUAUCCAGUUGUUCCAGUGUUCACUCAAGGUCAAGCGAUUCGCCUUCCGAUUGCGCACGUUCAAACCGCUUCAGCUGAUGCGGUAAGAGAAAUUGUGUUGUCUGUUGUGUUUACGCGUAGAAACGCCAUCUAAAACUGCUUUUUUCUCACUAACCUUGUAUUUUUUUUCCAUUUUUUGUUGCUAAAAACCUCCUCCGACACUAACUUCAAUUUGUACAGUUCCCGAUACACCCCAAAAAAUGCCCAAAACUCUCAGAAAAUAAUUAAUUUGUACAGCCCCGACACCCAAAAUCCUCUGACUAUAAUUCGAAUUUUUGUACAGGCCCGAUACCCAAAGUCUUUCCCUUGCCCCCAAAAAUCUUCUAAAAAAAUCCAAAAAAAAAUCUGAUGCUAAUGAUUAAAUUUGUACAGGCCCGAUACCCUAACCCCCCCUUUAAUUAAAAAAAAAAUUCAAAAAAUUUCCAAAAAAAAAUUAAAUUCAAGAUUCAAGAAAUGCAAAUUGUACAGACCCGAUACACUUUUUUCCCCCAUUUUUUUGUAUUUUUCUCUUAAAUUUACCUUGUUGCUUACCGUAGUUUUCGUUGUAGUUUUGUUCACAAAAAAAUUAGAUUCAUUCCAAAAAAAAUCCAAUUUUUAAAGGUACAUGUGUAGGACCUUUGAAAAACCAAAAAAAUUUUCAUUUUUCAAAAAAAAAUCUCUGACGAACCAUUUAUAAUUGUACAGGCCCGAUACACUUUUUCAAAUUUAUUGCCCCAAUUUUUUUUCAUAUUUUUUUUCUUGUGUUAUUUUGUUGCGCCCCUUCUUCUCUGCUUGAAUAAAGUUCCCCCAACCCCCCAAAUUCUGAAUUUUUAAGGAAAAAUUUGUCCCAAAAAUCCAAAAAAGUUGUUGAAAUUCUGAAAAUUUUUUGAAAAUUCCUAUUUCAGCUCAUGAUCAGCGAAAAAAAAUCGAUAAAAAUCGCGUUUUGAAGCUUGAGUGGUCCUUUUUUCAAUUUUUUGGAGUGAAGUUAUGAAAUUUUGAAUUUAAGAUGUGAAAAAUGAGGAAAAUUUAAAAAUUGGACGAAAAAUUCAAAAAAAAAUCAGUCUGGGAUCAUUCCGACGUAAUUUUUGGUCAAAAAUUGAUUUUAAAACUUUACUGAUUUUUUUUUCAUCGUCGAUUUUACAAAAAAAAACUUUAAAUUUAAAUUUAAAUAAAAAAUUGACGAAAAAUUCGAAAAAAAAUCAGAAAAAUUUUAAAAUUAAUUUUUGACAAAAAAAUGACGUCGGAAUGAUCCCAGACUGAUUUUUUUUUUGAAUUUUUUGUCAAUUUUUAAAUUUUUCUUAUUUUUCAUGCCUCAAAUUCAAACUUUGAUAACUCCACUCCAAAACAAUUGAAAAGAGGACCACUCAAGCUUCAAAAUGCAAUUUUUAUCGAUUUUUUUUGUUGAGUUUGAGCUGAGUUAGGAAUUUUUGAAAUUACGAUGUUUUUUUUUGAUUUUUUGAAAAAUUUUCAGAAUUUUCAAGAAAUUUUUCUUACAAAAUCCCAUAAAAUCAAAAAUUCCUUGUCAGUUUUACAUGAAAAAAAAAAAGAAAUUUUGAUUUUUUGCAGACAGCUUCGGCUCUUCUCGAAAUGGGAUUCUCGUUCACCGAAAUCCAAAAGGCUUUGAGUAGUUGUGGAGUCGGCGUUGAGAAAUGUGUUCAAUUUAUUCUCCACAAAGGCUUCUAA